GUGUGUGUGUAUGUCGGACAUGUGACACGCGUUGAUAUGUCAUGCUGUAGAAAUGGCUAGUAAUGUAUUAUGGUGUUUUGCAAAGAAAUUCAACUUUCUAAAUGUUGGUGUUCCUACAGUAAGGCCUGCAUGCAGUGCCUUAUCAGCUUUUCAGACACGAGGAUAUGCAAAGAAAGUUGCUGCCAAAGGAAAGGGGAAAGGAAUGGUUAAAGAAGUACUGAAGGGCCCAGAGGUGUGCAAAGACCCAGUUAGAUUGGUCUCACAUGCUGUGGGAGUGAAUAUCUUCAAGCAGGGUGAAGAUCCUCCAUUGAAGUCGCGUGAAGAAUACCCAGAAUGGUUGUUCCAGCUCAGAUUGGGCCCCCCGCAAAAACUCCCAGACCUGGAUCCUGAGAGUCGUGAAUACUGGAAGACACUGAGGAAGGAACACAUGUUGCGCUUCAACAGAUUACACAAAGGCAAAAAACUCUAGGGGAUGUGACAGUCCUGCCUAGCUGGAAAUCAAAGAACUGUUUUUUUUUUCUCCUUUUGAUAUCAAGCAUGUUACUUAAAAUGAAUGGAUCUACCCACAUGAACAGCCUACCGUUGUUUAUUACAUUCAUAGCCACAUUCGAAGGGUGCAUCAGUAGUUUGGCAAUUUAGUUUUGCCACACUGUUAAUACUUCUUUGACAUUUUCUGGGUAUUGCACAGAUCAGUGGUACCGGUAUUGGUAUAAUUCUGCAACAAUAAUUUGACAGCAUGAGAAGCAUUUUAUCAGGCCUGUGUUUUUAUACACAGACAUAUGCUUGGAAACAAAACUAAUAUUAUUUAAUUCGACAAGGAAUUUUUUCAGAUUUAGCUUUGGAGUCCUUUUGUAUAAUACUGUACAUAUUUGUUCUGUGUUGUAACUUGCAGAAAUACAAAAGGGGAUGUAGCAUAAUGUAUGUGAUGUGUGUGUGUUACUAAUAUAUCAAUUAAUAUCAAAA